UAUGUUUGUAUACAGGUUGAUAUGGAUGGUUACGUUUCUAUAUAGUAUAUAUAUGAAUAUCAUGUUCAUUAGACAACUGAAGCACCAGUAGAUGGACAAAGAAUACUUUCUACCAUUUACCGUUUACUUGCCUGAAAUAGGUAUUGGAAGUUUGUAUGGAACAUUUCUCUACUUUUCAGUUAAAAGCUUAAAAUUGGUAAUUGACAAAAAAAAAUACAUUACAUUUCGUAAAUCUGCCCCCAACCCUUUAAAAAUGGGGGUGAAAUUUUGUUAUGGGACUUUUCUCAGUAUUUUUUAAGAUAUGAAGAUGAUGAAGAUGUAUAAAUACCUACGUUAUUUAAUCUUCUCCCAGCCCUUAAAUGGGAUACUUUUGACAUUUUAUCCUCAAAGAAAGACAUUUUACAUUGUCUACAGUACAUUAUUAUAAUAUGUAUUUUAUAAUAAUUAAUUUUGUUCAGAGUUCUCUUCUUACGAAAGGGAUCCAAGUUACAGCAAAUUUGCCUGUUUUUUUACAUUAACUAUAUAUAAAUAAUGACCCUAUGGUCAACCCAUAUGUUAAGCAAGAAUUGAAUUUGAGAUCUUUGUAAGUUAUUAGUAUGAUGUCACUCAAUCGGACAUUGGGUCAUUAGGAAAACAUAAUUUUACUUUAUGUAUGAUUAUUAAAAAAAGGGUUCAAACCUUAGCUGUUGAAUAUAAGGUGG